AUGGCCAUCGCCAUCCGCCAUGACCCCCACAGCCACGCUCACGAGGAGUCCAUCCCAGGCACCGUGAGCCUCGCUGCCAAAGAGGGUGAAGAAACCCACUACGGCCAGGCCCUCUUCCCUGUCCCCUCGGCCGACCCCAACGACCCCUUACAAUGGACCAAGUUCAAGAAACAUAUGAUCAUGUUUUGCGCCUGCGCCUUUUCCUUCCUGGGAAUCUCUGCCUUGCUCGGACCGGCAGUGUACAUCGGGCUUUGGUCCGCCCAGUUCAACGUCGAUCCCAACACGGCGGCAGGGCUGGUGAACUACCCCAACUUGAUUUUCGGUUUUGGGAGUGUGAUCUUGGUGCCGUUGUACAAGAGGUACGGGAGGCGACCGGUCAUGUUGCUGAGCCUGGUGGCAUAUAUUGGGGGGAUCAUCGGGGCGAGUCAAUCGACGACCUAUGGGGGUUUGCUAGCAUGGAGGAUUGUGCAUGCUUUUGGGAGCGGGGUUUGCGAGGCGUUGCCGGUACAGUUGGUGAAUGACAUCUUCUUCUUGCACGAGAGAGGGAAGAAGUUGGGGUGGUAUACGGUUGCCUUGUGUCUGGGAGCGACUGGGCCGAUGUUUUGCGGGUUUAUGCUUGCGGCCGGGUAUUCGUGGAACUUGUUCUUUUAUGUCGAGCUGGCUUUUGGUGUCGCGCUUUUGCUCUUGUGUUUUCUUUUUGUGGAAGAGUCGUUGUAUUUCAGAGCUCCUGUUGCUCCGUCAGGUGGGUCAUCAAGCGGGAGCAACCUCGAGGUUGUGACGUCGGCUGCGACCACGGCAGAAGGCAAUGAGAAGAAGCGGCAGCCAGAGACUGCAGAGCUGUCGGGCAAUUUUGUCCUUCCUCGGCGCAAGUCUUGGAAACAGCAGCUCAGCAUCUUCCCGGACAAGUUCGACUACACGUGUGACUUUUGGGCCAUGCCAUUCAGAGCUUUCACCCAUCUCUUGGUUCCUUCCACCUUCUGGGUCAUCGCCACCUACGGCAUCUAUAUUGGACUGUGCGGCUUCUCCUUCAACUUCGUCUUCCCGUUGAAGAUUGUUCAGCCCCCAUACAAUUGGCCCGAGACAAAUUCUGGUCUGAGCGCCAUUGCGACUUUUAUUGGCUUCGGCCUUGCUCUUCCUCUACUCCCGGCAUCCGAUAUCCUGGCCGCGAGGCUCACAAGGAGGAAUGGGGGCAUCAGAGAAGCCGAAAUGAGACUGGGGGUUCUCAUUCCUGCCGCGUUUGUCGCUCCGGCAGGCCAAGUUCUCUUUGGUAUGGCUGCAGCCAGAAAUCUCCACUGGAUAUGCUACUUCAUCGCGAUCGGUAUCACCCAGUGGGCUGGUUACUUUUACUUCACACUCACAUUGGCUUAUGCGGUUGAUUCGUACAAUGCCAACUUGAGCGAGAUGCUCAUCAUCAUGAACCUUGGCAAGCAGGCCAUCAGCUUUGGUUUUAGCGGGGAGCUGUUGAACUGGAUCCUCAAGCAUGGAUAUGUCACGAUUGUUGUGGCGGCUUUCGUCCCCAUCUUGGUGGUAAACAACAUGAUGGUCUUCGUUUUCAUGAUCUGGGGCAAGAGAAUCAGAGUGAUGAUGGCGAAUAGUUGGCUGGCAAGGUUUCAUGGGAGGAGUUUGACACGGGGGGAGGGACAUUGA